AUGUGUGCAUCGAGGGGUGCAUUUGUGGAUUAUCGUGUUGAUCACAGCAACCGCACAGUGUCAGUAGCCAAGUCUGGCGUGACGUUACGAGUGCUUGGUGUUGGAACGGUCGUGCUUGACUUAAAUUUUUAUCCUACGAUCCAGUCGGUUGUCCAACCGACUGGAUUGGUGUGCGCUCGACUCGAAAACACACUGCACGUGGAGAAUUUGAGUCGCAAUUUGUUUUCAAUACCGGCGAUCUUGGCUAAGGCGAAGCAUAUCAGCAUGGACAUCAACGGGUGUGAGAUCUACCGGAACGGCAAGGUCGUUGGAAGCGGCACGAAGAGAGGUAAUCUUAUUUACCUUAACGUUGCCAAUGACGCUGAGUGUCAUGUAGCCUCUGAAGUAGGCGACCUAUGGCACCGUCGUUUCGGACAUGCGUCGCACGACUCGGUCGCAAAGGUCCUUGCGAAAAACAAGAUCUGUACUGGAAGUAUUAGCAAUAAGUUAUGCAAUGUGUGCGAGCUUUCAAAGCAAGCACGAAAACCGUACCCAACGCACGAUACUGGUGUGAAUGUACGAUCGGAUAUCGUAUGCUCAGAUGUACUUAGACCAAUCAGCCCUGCGUCUCGAUCCGGAUGUGCGUACGCAGUGACGUUCAUUAUGAUGAAGACACGCUUCGUGAAGGUGUAUCCGGUAGUGCGAAAGUCAGACGUGCUAUCUAAGUUCAUCGAAUUCCGACAGUACAUGAAGACACAAGCGGGAGUGAGUGUGCGCACUAUUCGCAGUGAAAAUGGAGGGGAGUACACCUCAACCGACAUGAAGACGUACUGCGCGCUGAAGACUGUCAAACAGAAAUUUAUGAUCCCGCACAACCCUCCGCAAAAUGGUAUGGCCGAGCGUGCUAAUCGGACGCUGGUCGAGAUGGCUCGAUGCAUGCAAAAAGACAGGGAUAUGGAGAAGACAUUAUGGGCGGAGGCUCUGGUGACUGCCGCGUACAUUCGCAACACAAUCAGCACGGCGACGCGUACUCACAAUACGCCAUUUGAAGAAACGUUUAAUCGUCUUUUCGCUUGCGGCAGUCUUCGCGUGUUUGGCACCGAGUGCUUUGCUCACGUACCAAAGACAAAGAGAUCAAAGCUUGACGACAGCGGUGUUCGAUGCCGUAUGCUUGGGUACCUCGAAAAUCAGAAGGGGUAUCGCCUACUGAACGCAUCAACGGGCCAUAUAAUGCACUCGCGAAGCGUCACAAUCGAUGAAUCUGCGCGUGAAAAAGUGAAGCCAGAGACUGACGAAGAUGUCGAGUCAGAUGGACACGAGACCAAACUGACAGAUACUAAGUUUCACGGUUCAGUAGAUGCGAAUUUGAACGACAACGGUGCGCGCGGGAUGGCAAGCGAACAUCAGAUCGUGCAUUGCAAUUACCCUCAAACGCAUCAGCUUCAAGUAGUUGAUCCACGGGGAUCAGAAUCCUUACCCGGUUCCACCAGUAUUCAGCCACACGGUAAUGCUGAAGUUCAAGUUCAAGGUCAUCAUCAACUAAAUGGAUGUACCGACAUAGUGCUUACGGAUCUGGAAGAGAGCAUGUCACCUCGAAUGACUGGUCGACAGAUGAUUAUUAGCAAGCCGUCUGAUACUCCUGAUCGAGACGGCUUAAAUCAGCGACGGGUGCGACCUGCGCGGAAGAGGCGUGGUAUACUACGCUAUGAAGACGAGUUCAAUGGAAUGCGUCGUAUGGAUUCUAACGAGGCAGACUUGGAAGACGAGUUUGAUGGUCUGCAUUGCUACUCAACUGCAUUGAACAAUGAGAAAAAGACAACGUACGAUGGUAUCAUGCAGUCUGAAUUGAAGGUUCAGUGA